AUGACCCCUUCUAGUCUCUUGGAAAUUGGACAAGACCCAGAAACGUUAAAAGAAGCCGGUGUAUAUCUUCAUAUUCUAUGGAGAGAGGAUGAAACCACAAAACGAUUCUGGCUUUAUGUCGGACAAGCAUGUGUGCUGUGUCUCAGAAUCCAGAAACACAAAGAUCCUAAACAUCGUUGGAAGAAUAUGGGACUACAUUACGCGGUGUGGGGCUCUGCCGCGGAUAUGAAAUCAGCUUUUGUCACUCUGGCUAUCCUCGAUGUCCCAUCUUCCACUAAAACGCAGCUAAUUCUCAACCUGGCAGAGAUGUGGAUGUGUCUGGUAUUCCAAACGCUGACUUCCCUUCACUUAGACUCCUGGUUGCCGAAAAACACAAACGCCAUGUGGUCGGGUAAUCAUCUCAACGUUGCAUUGCCAUUAUGGCAAGGGUUCACAGAUACCCAGGAGAACAAGGCUAUCACUUACGCAAUUGGCGGCAGAUCAACAUUUCAGCAAUACCUUGCAUCUGAGGAUUCAGUUAUUCGGGCAUGGGCGGAGCAAACCAGGGAUGCGUUCAACGAUAUACGAAACUCACCUGACCCGGUGAUCAGAAAUUACUGGUGGAAUCUUCACAAGGAGCGUAUCCUUAAGGCGCAGGACACCUGGGGCAAAAAGAAAGCCAGCAUGGCUAAGCAGCACCUUGAAAGGGCCAGAGCUCUCGUUACAUUGCAUUCCGGAAAUCAUGGAGACCACCAAACCGAGGUCAGAGCUGGCAGUUUCAGGUUCACUGUUUCAAAAACAUUUGGGCUUGAUCUCCAUGACGGCGAUGAAGUUAUUCUCCAAUAUCAUCUGACCCCGACUCCACACCCACACGCUUACGCUCUUUCUGCUUCGAAAACAGAUCCUGCUACCUGCUUGGGGGUUUCUAUCCGCGGUCAAGACAGCCAGGGAGGUUUUCAUUGCUGGCUAAAAGCGACUGGAGAGUGCAAUUCACGAAAAAUGAACUCACUUGUGGACAUUCUGGAAGGUUAUUCUGCAGAGGAAAGUCUGGGGUUCAAGCGACGCUGGUUUGUUACCAAGUCUUUGAGUAGUCUAAACAGUGGUCUUUCGGGGAGAAAUAGGUACACUUGA